AAUCACCAAGCCUGUGGGUGGUCUUCCAGACCCUGAUCCAUUCACUCUUCUGUCCUCAACUGCAAGAGCCCUGCUGAAAGCCACAUACCUGCACUGUCCAGUCUGACUGCUGCGGUUCUGUCCAUCUUCCCGAUUGGCUGUGCAUGUUCAGGUUGGAUCCUGAGCAUACUUCUUUGCUUAUUUUUCAGGCUCAAAGCCUGGGCCCCGAGCUGCAUGGCUACCUCUAGACAAAGGUGCUCUGCUUCGGGGGCAGAUGACAAUGGGACUCACAAGGCAGGAUUUCUGGCACACCAUCGUGAGAGAAGUCACAGAGCAUGAAGGCCAGGUGACAGACACUGCCGAGCAGUGACACGCAGCCAGAGGAAGAAGAGCCCAGAGUGGAACCUUGCAGGAACUUUCUUCUGGCGCCCAUUCCUUGUUGAGCAUCAGGGCAAUCCCCAGUGGUGCAAGAUCUCACAAGCCAGGUUGGCAAGAAGGGCCUCACCUGUGUUUCAGUCCUAGAUCGGGGGUGCCCUGACAAGGAGACUAUAUGUGUAUGGAAGCCCUCAGCUCUUUUCCAGGCCUUAGUCGCCCACGAGGAGUUCACACUGAGGAGGAUACAUUGGUGUAUGGUGGGUGCAAAGAUGGCUUUAGCAAGAACGCAUGCCUUGCGGGCUAUCAGUGGGUUCCCACUAAAUGGAAGCCCUGCACAUGCAAGGAGUGUGGGAAGGCCUUUGGACAGACACACAUGUCAUUCAGCACCAGAGAACCCACACUGGCAAGAAGCUGUACACAUGCUGGCAAUGUGGACAGGCCUUCAGCAAGAACUCGUGCCUCGUAAGCACCAUGCAUCCACACAGGUGAAAAGCCCUAUGCGUGUGGCUACUGCAGCAAGCGCUUCUGAGAGAACUCGUCCCUGGCCAAGAACCAGCAGGUACACACAGGCAAGAAGCAUAUACCUGUGGUGGGCGCAGGCAUGCCUUCAGCCAGAGCACUCACCUCGUACAGCACCAGCGAGUCCACAUUGGGGAGAAGCUGUUCACCUGUCAUGAGUGUGGCAGAGCCUUCACCAACUCCUCGGCCCUCCUGGUCCACCACAGAACCCACAAAAGAGAGCAGCCAUAUGAGUGUCACACAUGCUGCAAGGUGUUCGGCCUCAGCUCAUCCCUGACCGAGCACGAGCGCUGCCACACAGGAGAGAAGCCAUACACGUGCCAGGAAUGUGGGAAAGCCUUCAGCUAGAUCUAGUCCCUCAGCAAGCACCUGAGGACAUACACGGGUGAGAAGCCAUAUGCAUGCAAUGCCUGUGGCCAUGCCUUCAGCCAGAGUUCCUCCCUGGCCAAGCACCAGUGAGUGCACACCAGCAAGCGGCCCUACACGUAUGGAGAAUGUGGGAAGACCUUCAGCCAGAGCUCCUACUUGACCCAGCACCUCAAGAUCCAUAGUGAUGAGAAACCGUUUACAUGCGAUGAGUACAGGAAACCCUUCGGCAAUUCUUCAGCCCUGGUCCUGCAGCAAUGGGUGCACACGGGUGAGCGGCCCCACAUGUGUGGAAAAUGCAGGAGGACUUUCAUCCAGAGCACAUUCCUCACUCCGCACAAGAGGAUCCACACUGGGGAGAAGCCUUUUGUUUGUGGAGACUGUGGAAGGGCCUUUGUGCAGAGCUUCUCCCUCACCCUCCACCUCAGGACACACGCCGGGGAGAAGCCCAACAAGUGCAACGAGUGUGGCAAGGCUUACAUCCAGAUGUCACACCUCACUGAGCACUACCGGGUGCACACGGGGGGAACAGCCCUAUGCGUGCCAUGCAUGCAGCAAAGCCUUCAGCCGCAUCACCAGCGCGUCCACGUGGGUGCCAAGCCCUUCAUAUGCAGCCUGUGUCAGAAAACCUCCCUUGAGGCUGCGGCCCUUGUUCUGCAUCAGAGGAUUCAUGCCAGACAGGAGCCCUUUGAGUGUCACAAAUGUGGGAAAGCCUUCAGCUAGAGCAGAUCCCUGGCCCAGCAUUGGAGAAUUCAUUCCCAGGAGAUGCCACGGUCACACGGUGAGAAAGCGGAGUGAGCCUUCAAGAGGAACAACAGCCCCUCCCAUUCUCCAUGCUCCGGGUUCCACAGAUAUCCACCAGGUGGUAGGAGAGAUCCACAGGUAUGGAUGGUCUUCUCAGCAGGCCUGGAACAGAGUUCAUUUUGGUUUUUACCUCGGGGGAAAAAUGAAAUUUAAAAACAAAAAACUUAAAAGAUGCUUUUAUCAGUUGUUUGUGCCUUGUAUUAACUCAGGCCACAUGGUUUUAGAUCAUGUGGCUUGGUUUGAGGUUGUUUUGUUAUUUUUGUUUUUUGUUUUUUGUUUUUUGUUUUUUGUUUUUUUGGCUUUGUUUUGUUCCUCUGCCAAAAAGUAAGUUUAUAAUGCUGAAAUGUGUGUGUGUCACAAAGCCCAGACCUUUAAAAAGACUUUGUGUGUCAUUCAUCAGCUUCAGCACAAAGACUUCAUUAAAAUCAGUCAAGACAGUGA